GCCGUCAAGAUGCUGAAAGAGCACCACCGCGACACGGACCUGAUGGACCUGGUCUCCGAAAUGGAGAUGAUGAAGAAGGUCGGAUCGCACGUGAACGUCGUCAGCCUGAUCGGCGCUUGCACGCGCGGCAGCUCUCUGAUGGUCAUCAUGGAGUACGCCGAGCACGGCAACCUCCUGACGUACCUGCGCGAGAGGGCAGAGUGCGAGCGGCCGUUUGACUCCGAGCUGCCCUUUCCGUGCGACCUGGUCAACUUCGCCUUCCAGGUGGCCCGCGGGAUGGAGUACCUGGCCAGCCGGAAGUGUAUCCACCGAGACCUGGCCGCCCGGAACGUGCUGGUCGGCGAGGACAAGACGCUGAAGAUCGCUGACUUUGGCAUGGCCAGGGACGUCAGGGAAAAGGACUACUACCGCAAGGUCACCGGUGGCCGGCUGCCGGUCAAGUGGAUGGCGCCCGAGGCGCUGUUCGACCAACUUUACACCACUGGGUCUGAUGUCUGGUCGUUCGGCGUGCUGUUGUGGGAGAUCAUGACGAUGGGCUGCGCGCCAUACCCGACCGUCAACAGCGUGGACGAGCUGGGCGACUGGCUGCGGCAGGGUCGGCGCAUGGCCCGGCCGGCCGCCUGUCCCGCCAGCGUGUACGACGUGAUGCUGGACUGCUGGCAUCAGGAGCCGGCCGAGCGGCCCUCGUUCGGCCGGCUGGUGCAGCGGCUGGACGCGGUGCUGGCGGUGCUGACGUCCAUGGAGUACGUGGCCAUGGUCUCGCCCCAGCCGCACGUCGAGUACACGAAGGUGGAGGUGCCGUCUGCGUCGCCCUCCGCGUCGGCCUUGCCCUCGCCGCCGGACAGCUCAGACUGA